GGCUUCUUCUAGCAAAAAGAGUUCACAACCUCUAUAAAUAACAACUGAUGAUAAAUAAAUACACACAACUUGCAAUAUUAACUAUAUUUAGUAAACUUGCUCAUAGUAGGGUCUGAUCACCAGCAUAUAUUACUAAAAAGAAAUGGCGACCAACAUGUUGACAAGCUCUCCUUCAACUCUGGUGUCAAGCAGGGGCUUUCCUAGUCCCCUACCAGUUGGUUUGUGCCCGCCUUCGGUGUUGUCGGCAGCACCAUCGAAGAAACCACCCUCAAGGCCUUCCGGCCUGGUGGUGCGAGCCCAACAGGGAGGUGGACAGCAAAUGGACCCAGUGACUGGUGAACACUUCCAUAAAAAGGUCGCCCUCAUUGAAACCUCUCCUUACGUCCGUACUCCGUGGAACACUAGUGAGGAUGAACACGAAAUCAAGAUGUGGUUCGACAUGCCGGGACUUGCGGCUGAAAAUAUUGAAGUGGAUGUUGUGGAUAACUUGCUAGUCAUCAAAGGAGAAGGUGGAAUUGAUGCUUUUGGGAGGAAGAUUUUCAGCCCCUAUGAUAGUAGGGUUCAAUUGCCUACUAAUUCUUGGAGGGAAGAGAUAACAGCCAUGUUUAAGAAUGGUGUUCUCUACAUAACUGUGCCUAAGAUUACCAAAUUUGAGCACAAAAUUAUUCACAUUCCAGUUAGAUCAGCUUAAAAGUAACUUUUCUAUAUGAAUUGUCUCCCCAACUCUUUGGGAAAGAUCAUGUGUUAAGAGCUUUAUUACGCUAAUAAGGGAGUAUAGCUGAAUAGCUCUAUUUGUUUUUAAAGUUUUCAAGCCGUAUGACAUUAUUAGUUGGUACAAUGGAAUACUGUAUAAUAAGCCUGCUUAGUCUUAAAAAUGUCAAGCUCUACUCAAAUAUGGUGUUGCAUCGGAUCAUAAAUUCGUUUAUUAUACUUCUUUUGUUUUCUUUUUUA